UACAGAAAGAACAAAAAUUGUAAAACAAGUUUUAUGAGUUAUUAUAAUUUGUGAAUCCCACUUUGCUAAAAUUGUACAGGAUUAAUAUCUACACUAUCAUCAUCAAACGCUAUUACAAAAAUUGUUUUGCAAUCAAAAGAUUAAGGAUGUUUAAUGUCAAGCCAUGAUUCAAAUCAAUUGUUUGUGUGUAGCUCAUACAGAGGUUUACUUAAAACAGUACAUUUUCGUCUCCAAAUGAAUACCUUUAAGAUUUUGAUGAAAAACACAAACUGCUUGACCGGAUACAGUAACUUGUGCAAAAAUCACUGUCAAUAGUAGGUAAACAUCAGGGGGAAAUGUCCUCUGGCUAAAACAUCUUAAAGUUUCGGAUUGAGCUUUAUCACUGUCCACACCCUGAACAUGUACCAGCAGAACAAGUAAUUUUCCUGUAAAAUGAAAGUGACAAGGUGAUGUAACAUGACAGGGAGGAGCUUAGAACCAAAGUACUCUUGUGCUGCGUUAGUCUGUCAACAGAUCAUCUCUAGAUCAGGAAGUAGCACUGUCCCUGAGAUAUUGAGCUCCUCUAAAGCUUCAUCAUGGAAAAACAAAGAGCAGCAUCCACUGGAACUACUGGAGAUGAUCGCUUCAUUUCUCCUGAGCUGGACCGCUUGUUCAGGCAGAAAGCCAGAGACCUGCGUCUCCGCAAGACUGACCAACAGAGUGCUGUGAGGAUAGUUAAUCAUCUAAUCGAUAGCCUGGUGGAUUUCCUGAAGAACAAUGAAGAUCAGGCCUUCUUUAAGGAGGUCUCAGUCCUCACCAGUGGGAGCUACUAUGAGAUGGUGAAGAUUAACAAACCCAACGAGUUUGACAUUAUGCUGAAACUAAAAGUGCCACGGGUUACAUUGACACCACUGGAAGAAUAUGAUGGACUGUUUUAUUCGGUCAAGCUUUACAAAUCGACGCGUUUAAAUGUCCAGCACUUUCUUUUGGAAGAUGGCCGUACCAUCUCAGCCAUCAAAAUAAAAAAAGAAAUGCACCGCUUGGUCCGUAAAUUCCUUGGCAACUAUAAAGGUGGGGGCUGCUGGGUGAUGAAUAGACUACAGCUGACUUCACCUGCAAUAACCCUUGAAUUAAAAACCCAAAGUGAAGAAGAGGAUGUAUUAUCUCUAGACAUCGUUCCUGCCCUUGAGGUGCUACAGGGAUGGCCGCAAGCCGCACGGGCAGGUCCAGAUAUAGACCGGUGGCUUGGAAAGCGAUGUCGCCGCAACUUUACCAGCAAAGCUGUCUAUUUUGUCCCAAAAGGACCGAAAGCGAAAAAUCUCAAAGAUGAGGCCAAAGAGAGUUGGCGGAUAUCCUUCUCCCACAUUGAGAAAGAGAUGAUCCAGUUUCACGGCAAUAAGAGAACGUGUUGUGAGGGUCGUUCCAACAAAUGUUGCCGGAAACUUUGUUUACGACUUCUUAAGUGUGUAAUUGAGGGAUUAAAGCAGCGUUUUCCAAAAGAGUUGGAGCCACUGUGCUCCUACCACGGUAAAACAGCCUUCUUCCACACACUCUCAGUCAGAGAGCAAGACUCACUUUGGGCUCCUGGUCAGCUGUCAGUCUGCUUCAUGAAGCUCUUUGGAGACUUUGAACGAUGUGCACAAAGUGGUGCACUAUUUCACUUCUUUGUUCGUGGGCAUAACCUUUUCUCUCCUCCGGUCUUUCCGAAGAGGACUCUUGCAUUUCUGACAAAUGCUUUGAAGGAGCAGGGAGAAUCUGGGUUCCCUGUUUUGAGGGAGCCAAGUCCUACCCCUGCUCUUGUUUCUGACAAUGAACCUCUAAUUGAUCUAAAUUCAGUCAAUGACACAGAAGGGAUUGUAGCUUGUAAAGGUUAUAAUAGUUAUUUCUUUAUGGGCUUGUGUGUUUUCUGUGUUUUGGUGUCUGUGGUAAUUGGAUGUGUAUUUUAAAGAAUUUCAUUUAAAUAAAAACAGUUUAUUUCCACAUAAAAACUUUAUUAUGAAUCUGUUAUAUUGAAUGCAUUGUUACGGGAAAGAAUACAACAUAUUUAAAUGUUGCGUUAUGUACUGUGAAAUAUAUAUACAGUGUUUGUACACAUUCAUACACAUUGGAGGGAUCAUAAACUGUAAAUUGUGUAAAUACAAAAUCUGUAGGGCAGACAAUUUACAGAUUUUUAAUGUUCAAUAUCUUAUAUUUUGUGUAUUUUAAUAAUUGUUAUAUUUAAUAGUGACUAUCGAAGUUUUC